AUGUACCCUUUUGCCAGGGAGCUCGCUAUUGAGUCAUGGAUCUUAUAUGCAGUGGGGAUUUUGAUUAUCGGAUGUCGCCUAGUUUCGCGACGUAUACGGUUAAAGUCAUGGAGCAAGUUACAAAUGGAUGAUGCGCUUAUGUGUGUGAUUGCACUCACCUUCACGGGGGUCACUGUCACGGCGAAUAGCACGGCUCGGGUUAGCAGUGAUCCAAUUGUUCAGGAAGAAUAUCCUACACCACAUGCCGAAGCUCUCAUGGUGUGGGGGAACAAAAUGAUCUUCACGUUGGAGCAGUUCGCUUUGAUUACCAUAUGGCUGGUCAAGGGCUGCCUUCUCAUCAUCUAUAAUCGUCUAACGCUUAUGAUGAAAGAGCAUUUAGUUGUGAAAAUUGUUGCGGUAUAUGUAGUCAUCUCUUUCAUUGUUAUCGAGGUCCUCUUCUUGGGAGUCUGGUGCAGGCCCAUCAGAUAUUACUACCAAUGUGGGACCUACCUAAACCAUCUGAUCACGACAACCGUUUUCAAUAUCUCCUCAGAUUUGAUGAUGUUGUGUAUCCCAUUGCCGCUCUUUAUCCGAUCACACCUACCAUUCAAACAAAAGGUUGCAGUGUGUGCUGUGUUCAGUCUUGGUGGGAUCGUUGUCUGUGAUACCCAAUACACCCCUGCUGAGAUAGAUUGCUGA